AUGGGCGAGUUCGUGGAAGGAGAUUUGGUUGAAGUAUGCAGCAAAGAAGAUGGUUUACUUGGAGGCCAAGGUGAAGACCCUCAGGCGUUGGUAGAAACCAUCUCCGCCGACGAAAUCCGUCCGAUGCCACCCAAGUUAUCUCAGCCGUCGAUGUUUAGCCUCCAUGAUAAGGUUGAUGCUUUUGACUUAGACGCGUGGUGGUUCGGAAAGAUCACCGGUCAAGAAGGCGAUACGUACUCCGUUUACUUUCCAACGACCAACGAUGUGUGCAAGUACCCACUUCAACGUCUCAGAAGGCAUCUCGAAUUUGUCAAUGGUCAAUGGGUUCCUUCAACAACAAGGCAACGAUGA